CUGUCAAAGUCAAAUCAGUUUUCAAGUUGCGUUGUUCACUCGCGAGGUUCGUUUCGUGAUCAUUUUUCGCCGUCCGUCGCACAGAAUACCGUUUCGCUCAUCCCCGUUAUUGGUUCCGCUGAUAAGCUAAUCUCUACCGUGGUAUUUUUAACCAAAUUUUCCUGAGAAGUUCUACAGUUAGCAAAAGUAGCGGCAGCAGUUCAUACAAAAAGUUUGAUUCUGACACCCAAGACGGUGGCAAUCGAAAACAAAGUAUCUACAGCUGGACCCGCAUCAGCAGAUUGCGGGAAGGAAUUUCAAACCGAAAAGUGAUACGGCGAGAUCGUAAUUCUAUUAGUCAUCCCCCUGCAUGCGUCGUGUAGAAGCAAUCAUCUGCUGAGCAAUCAAAUUAGACGACCGAACAAAGAUAAUUCGAGUGAUAUCUUGACUCAACUCGACACGGCUGUACGGGGGCACAGGUGAAGACGCGAUUAGCUGCAACCGAAUUGGACAACGGAAAGUGCAAGUGCUGGUGUUUUUAUUCCACUACUUGCGGAAUCGAUUCUUCGGAAAGUUCUCUUUUCGAUCGACUGCCACUCACCAAAGAACCAUAACCGACCAUGGGUCAGACCCUUUCGGAACCGGAAACCUCGAAGGAAUCGGCUUUUUGCCAGAACGACUACUACAAGGUGGGAUCCAGCUGUAUGCAGGGUUGGCGCAUCCACAUGGAGGACUCGCACACGCACAUCCUCUCGCUGCCAGAUGAUCCCGGUACGGCUUUCUUCGCCGUGUACGACGGUCAUGGCGGUGCCAACAUUGCCCAGUACGCCGGUAAGCAUCUGCAUAAGUUUGUCACGAAACGGUCCGAAUAUGGGGACGAUGUUAAGCGGGCCUUGCAGCGAGGAUUUUUGGAUAUCGAUGAGGCGAUGUUGAACGACGAGUCGCUGAAGGAGCAAAUGGCAGGAUCAACGGCGGUUACGGUAAUGGUUAAAGACAAUAGGCUGUACUGCGCGAAUGCCGGGGAUUCACGGGCGAUUGCGUGCGUCAAUGGGAAACUGGAUGUUCUGUCGUUCGACCACAAACCGAAUAAUGCUAGUGAGUUGGAGAGGAUAAAGCGGGCCGGUGGAUACGUGGAGUACAACAGGGUUAAUGGGUAUUUGGCGCUAUCGAGGGCUUUGGGAGAUUUUAGUUUGAAACGGAAUAGUGACAAACUGGCUGAGGAGCAGGUUGUGACCGCAUUCCCGGACGUUGAGGAAAGAGAAGUUACGGAGGAUUUUGAGUUUCUGGUUAUUGCCUGCGACGGGAUUUGGGACGUGCUUCCAAGUCAGUCGGUAAUGGAAUUUGUUAUGACGGAGAUCGCCCAAAAUGUCUAUCCGCAGUACAUCUGCGAGAGUUUGAUGUCGAGAUGUCUUGCUCCGGACUGUCAGAUGGGGGGCAUCGGUGGGGACAAUAUGACGGUGAUCAUCGUUUGUUUCUUGCAUGGACGACCGUACGAGGACUUGGUUAACCGCUGCAAGGAACACGUGGUCGAAAUGAACAGAAAAGCUUCGGAGAUGUUCAUCGAGCAUGAGUCGAGUUUUGUUCCGAAACAAUCGAGCUCGAAGAGUACCCUCGAGGAUGGCGGUGGACACGAUUUGUCUCCUCUGUCGUCACCCGAACAAUCUCCGAAGGCUUCUCCCAGUGGAAAGAGCAAACCUGCUGCCACCGCAGACGGACAUUCGUCGCCAGAUGACGACGACUCAAGCGAGGAACUUGAUCUGAAGUAGAGCAAAACAGAGGUGAUGGCGAUCAUUGUAGAAUAGUGUUUUCUCUGUUCCUUCAAUGCUCUGUUUUAUCCGCAGUGGUUCCUUCCGAUUGUGAAAUUCCCCUAGAUUGUUAUCCUGACGACUGUUUUUAUUCCUACGUUCAAUUGUAUAGACGGCACUAAGUUUUAAAAUUAUCUUUGUAAGACUUUUCGUAAUCCCAGUGGUAGGGCCGCGUUUCGGUGAGAAAAAUAAUCGUGCUCGUACAAAGAUUCACGUUUGGAAUUCAGAUCAGAUAUGAAUAAACGACGCAUAUGUGGACGAAAAUCCGCCCGGGUUCCAAACCGAGCACCGAGAGAACAAAUCAUAAUCGUGUUUGCUCAUUUUCAUCGGACUUAGUGUCGAUUUUAAAUUAUUUAGUGGUAAGUAAAUACACACUGGGAUGAACUUAGAAUUGUAUUUUAUACUCAAAGGGCUAUGGUUGUUGAUUGAUGAAAUGUGUAUCUAAAUUUUACAGGACUUUCUAUGGAUAUUUGAAGAAUGAUUACCGCCCUAAUUAUAAUAUGUGAAAUAUUGUGCUACGUUUCCCCUUAAUAACAAGUGUCGUUUUCUUCUAGUGAAAUUGAAGGUUUACUUUGGUGUUAUAGCAUUCUUAUAAAAAGUGUCUUCAGUGUAGGUUUGCCAAUCCAUAGAGUUCAAUUCUUGUCAUAAAAUUUUAACUUUUGCAUGAGCCAACCAUUUUAUCUGUAUGAUAAAUUAAUGUAAGAUAAUAAAAAAAGGAACAGGCUUUUGUAUGGUUGAGAAUUUAGAUACAGUCAAAUUCAUUUAACCAUUGAAAAAAUAUCAAUACGAACUUAAAUUUUUAUGUUGAGCAGUAAAUUUCAGUAAAUUACUGUUCCGAAUCUUCAUAUCGUAGUUUUUAUAUUCGUCCCAUGAAAAAUAAAUCCAAAUAGUCUUGUUUCUCAUUUUCGUGAUAUUUAAAAAAAAUCAACUUUAUUUAAAGGAUUUUUUAUUUUUUAAGAAAAAGUUCAUCACUACGAUUUUUUCCGAAACAAACACGCAUGUUAGCAAAAAUAACUUGCAAAAUUAGUAAUUUAUUGUUUUCUUUGUUUGUUUGUUGAUUGUCAAUGAUACAAACCAUAUUAUUUGAACCCUUAGAUUCCACUACUUUCAAAAAAGUACAUAGGUAUGUGCAAAUAGUUUGGAAGGGAAAAAAAGUUCGUAUUUACUUUUUUUUGGAGGAAAAUUGAUUGAACAGAAUAAUAGAAGAAAAUGCGUUGAUGUGUUGAUUCUUUGCAUCGGCCUAAGCUAUCGCUCCCAUUUAUUUGUCAUUUAUGAAACUCACAUUCAAGGAAACGUAGCACAACGUACUAUUCUAAGAAUAUACUUCCCAGUAGCAAGUGGUACCUAUAAAAUAAAAUUAACAAUACAAAAUCAUGUUUCAAUACAAGAUUAGGAAGAAGUGAUGCAAGCUUUAUGUUUGUUUUAUCAAAAAAGAAACAAAACUUAGAUAUUUGUCGCUCUGCUGUACUGUUAGGUGAAUAAGCUGGAAAAUACAAAACAUACGAGCCAAAAACCAAACCAGAUCGAAAUACAAAGGACAAGUUGCAAUUAUUGAAAUAACGAUGACAGGGUGGAACACUAUUCUGACAGAACAUACCGACCUCGAACGAGUUAUUAAGCGGUACUUCAACCUAAUUGCUUUGAUUUGGCCUACGUAGUUAUGGCCCGCAUACGGUACUGUACUACUAAUAUACAUAAAUUAAAUCAAUUAGGUGGAAUGCGGCCGAACGAUCGAGGAUAAGUAUAGUGCUGCAGAAAAUGCUCUUUUCCCUAAUGAUGAAUACGCUUUUCUAUACCUAAAAGUUAAUGGACAAACCCCUUAGUAGAAGAUAACCUUUAAAAUGUCCUUAUCAUACACGCGAUUUUCUGUAUCCAAAUAUCAUACGAUGCAAGUAAUACUAUCUAGGAAUAGGGCAGGUUCCUUUUUAUUGUCUUUACAGUCCUGUUAGUGAAUAGGAGGUCCUAGUGACAAUGUCGAACAGUGAUGUGUAGUGCGUGAGAUUUAAGUUCAACGUGAAUGGGAGAUGGAAGUGCAGCGUGCCUCUUCCGGUUGAAGGCUGAUGAUAAUGCUCUUUAUUCGCCAGUGUGUUCGUGAUGCGCAAGACGAUACCGACAGCAAAAUCUAGAUUUAAAAACAAUAUUACCUAAAUAAUAACAAUAAUCAACGUAGCGAUAGAAAGUUUACUAGAGAGUCUGAAACAUUGGCCGUUUUCGGAGCCCCUUCUAUCCAGCACCCUGGGAAAGAAAGAUGAUUCAACCGACUGUAUUCGGUUCCCAAUUUGGAUAUUGUACUGUACAUACAAACGCAGGAUUUUUUUUCUUCCCUAGAAUGGCUAGGGAUUGUAUAUCCUUAUCAUGCACGUGACGCUCGCCUGCAGUGCACUGUCUGAGCAACAAAAUAAGCAUAUUUUUAAAAUAAAUAUUUUCACAAGAA